GGGGGGGGGAGCAGACAGAUGUCAGAGCAGGGAGCUGGGGAGGACUGAGGCCGUAGGAGCAGGAAGCUGGGAAAAGCCAAGGUGUUGGGCACAGCAGUGACAGUGAAAGAGGAAGCAGCUAAUGGGUAGGGGAGAGAGAGAGAGAGAGAGUGUGUGUUUUUCUCUUACACAAAAGGAAGUACACCAUGGCUGAACUUCUAGGCCAGCCCCCCUCUGCGUUUCCCAGCCGUGCCACGCCCCGGCCUGACUGGCUUCUGGGUUGCCGACAUUUGCUUUGGAGACCUGCUUUCAAGCAGCCCCACGUCUCCACUUCAGCUUUUGACGUCGUCUGAAUCCAUCGUUUGAACAUGGGCAGCUUUUUCUCAUCUGAGGCAAAGGUGGAGCUGAAAAAGCUGGAGAACGAGGAGGCGGAGAGGAAAAGGCAUCACGAGCGGGAGGAAAGGCAGCGAGAGCGCGAGGCAGAGGAGAGGCAGCGAGUGCACGAGGCAGAGGAGAAGCAGCGCGCGCGCGAGGAGGAAGAGAGGAAGCGCGAGCACGAGGACCGGGAGAGAGAGCGGCAGCACAGGGAGCGCAUGUACCAGCGCGAGCUUGAAGACAAGGCCCAGGAAAGGGAGGCCCGGCGCCAGAUGCAAGAGCAGGAGCAUGAGGAGCAAGAGAAGCAGAGGCAGCACGAGAAGAUCAUCGCAGAGCUGCACAACCGCAACCUGGAACUGCGCAUUCUCCGCCUCACCGGCUUCUCGUCCAAUAAGAACUCCCUGCAGCCCUUUCUUUUCCGCACGGCUUUCUCGUCCACCCCGCACCCCGGGAUGCCAGAUGACGUGGAGGACAGCAAUGGCAACAAGGAUGAUGAUGAUUCCGAUGACCUGGACUCUCUCUAUUGAGCUGUACCCUGUUCUCCAGCACAGGGGGAGUGGCCUAGGGGCUAGGCUAUUUUCCUGGGGAGCACAGGGUGGUGGGCUUGAGUCCUGUCCCCCAGCCAGCCAGCCCAGGAUAAGGGUCCCUUGGGAGGUGAGGUGAGCUCUGGAGUGGCCAUGGGAUAGGACAUCAGUGUUUGCAGCACAGGGUAGUGGUCUAGAGUCCCCGGCCCCCACCCAGGCAGCAGCUGGACAGCUAACACAGGCUGCCCCAGGGAUCAAGCUGCCUCCCAUAUCUGGAUGGCAAGAUAAGGGAUGGGGUGGGUUUUUGAGUGGACUAGGGGGGUAGGACGUUUGCCUGGGAAGCACUGGGUGGCGAGCUUAAGCCCAACUCACUCUGGGAGUAUGUGGUUAGCCAGCACAGGCUGCUCUGAACGCAGGGACGUGAUUCCAACUGUGCUGCCGUCUGUGUUGAUAGACUAGGCAGCACCAAGCCCAGACUCUACUUCCCCUCUCGCCCACCCAGGGUUUUCUUUCUGGUGUCUCCCCUCGCUUGCCCCAGUCCCACUGAUUGGCAUUGCUAAUAAAGACGCAAGUUACAUAAUGUUGUGAGAGCCGCCUCCGGGCCCAGCCCUGCUUCCCUGGACGUCAGAGACCCAGCUCGCAGGGGAGCAGGAACCGGCCGGUGUGCGUACUCGGGCCAGACGUUAGCCCCUGCUCACUGGAGAUGAAGGCCAGGAGGUCCCGUUAAGAAAUGCGCGUCUGGCCUCCUCCAGCCACCGGGCAGAGAAUCUCAGCCGUGGACUCAGCAUUGCGGUGAGGACGUCUGGCUGAGCUAGAGCAGAUCUUUUAGAAACUCACCGAGUUUGAGUUGAAGCCUGCCUGGAUGUCCCUGGUAAGUGAUUCCAGUGGCUAACUGCCUUCACCGUGACGUGUUUGCACCUUGUCACCGGACUCAAUUCGUCCAGCUUCAAAGUCCUGGCCUGGGCUCCUGUCCUGCUUUGGCUAGAUGGAGGAGGCUUUUCCCAGCAGAAACCAUCUUCCGUAGGGAGCUAUAGGGCCAUAACCAAGUCACCCCUUUAUCCCCUCUUGGAAUACAAAGCAGACUGAGCAUCAGAGGCUAAGAUCGUGCUCACAACUACUGACUCGACUGAGUCCUUGCUGAGCCCUUCCCUGUUUUCCCACCUCCUUUUGGGUGUGGACACAGAGUUGACCAAGGUCUCUGGCCUUGGACUCUCCAACACUGAUGCAACGGUCACGUCAGCGCCCCGCUCCGGGAAGCCAGCCAGCCACAGUUCUGACCUCCCCAGCCCACGACUUCGCCAACACGUAGCUAGCCCAGUUGAGUCUCCACAUGCAGAAGUGCCCUGUGUCCUCUGCUGGUCUCGCUGAGCGCACCCCUCUGGAGCCAGGCCACUGUCUGUCUCACUGCGGGUGGCAUCAGUUGUAUCUUCCGUGCUUGGACCAUUCCCUGUGCUCACCCAGCCAGUCCACUUGACCCAGCCCCUGCGGUUCGUCCCUUUGGGCAGCACUGAGCGGCGGCGCAGUGAGCAGCCGGCCUGGUGACGCGAAGGCGGGGUUAUGGGGACAGUAGGAACGAGAUUUGUAAAGCAACCAUCUGGGCCCAUGGCGCUUCCCAUCCCCAGGGGAGCUGAGGCAGGCCCAGUGGGUGCCUGUGUCAGCCUGGGUCUUCUCAAGCAUCACCCUGGGGCCCCUGCUCUGAAAUGAGUCCCCUUUGAAUCCGACAGCAGGUGCCAAGGCUGUUUCCCACUCUCGCAGUUUGAGUGCAGAAAGUGGGGGCCUACACACGGCUUCACAAAUACCUCGCCCCUAAGGGCUUGUGUUAAACCUCCACGAAGUCCCAGAUUCCCUGGCUGUGGGUAGGUAUUGCUGCCCCCACCGGCAUGCAAAACCCCCUUUGAGAACCCAGAGACGCCUUCCCAGGGGGCACCCUCAGCACUUGGAGAGAGCUUGAAAACUAAUUUCUCUUAGUAAAUUGGCUUUUCAGCCUGAGGCACAUGCACCCGGAACCUCCUGCCUUCUAGGACACAGGAGUUAGAGCAUGGCCUUAAAAGGCUGAUUUUUAUUAACAAAAGAAACGAAAACACACCUGGUGCCUAGGCUGCCAGGUGUUACAGAGCAACUGAACACAGAGAAUUGCUUUCCAGGGAAAGUGACAGUGUAAGGUGUCCUGCUUGUGUUGCCAAGCAGCCCCUGAGAGCUUGUUUGUCCCAAGACACAGUUUCCCAGCCAGGAAACCCCAGCUCCAGGGGUGUUCCUAACAGCUCCAGCCUGGUCUCUCCACAGGCCAGCACCAGCGCCCCCUCCUGGCCAAGCACAGGGUGGCCUCUCCCAGCACGCAGCCACCAACGCAGGGACUGUGUCUCAGCACCAUGGCCCCGGCCCAGGCAGGGACAGGCGGCCUGUGAUGGGCACACGUGGGCCAGUCUGGACUGA